AUGGGAUUUCACUUCCAGAGUUACGUCGCAAUGGCCGGGCGCGCCAUCAACCCCGCCCAGUGGCGCCGCCAGUGGCGCCAGCUCGAAGGAAAACAGUUCUCCGACGUCGCUCAACAAAUGAUGUUCUGGACAAAUAAACAAUUUGCACAAAUAUCUCGCACAUCCGAAUACCGCCGCUGGUGGUGGGCGAACCCCCUGGGCAUGGGACUUGUGUUCUACGGCACUUACAAGGUCUGGCACAUGACCUACAUGGUUCGAAAGCAAAAGAAAACCGCCCAGCUCGUCGCCGCCGCCUACGGCCAGGGCGGCCAGUGGCUCAACCCUGUGCCCAAAUAA